AUGACGCAUUGGAUCAGCUUGUUGCCUGGUGGAUGCACUGGGGGAUGUGAGGCCGACAUGUCUGCGCUGAAAGGACGCCUGGCCCGACUGGAAAGAGAGAUGUCCUAUUUAAAAGAUAAAUGUCCAUGUUCUGCAAAUUGUCAAAACGACUGUAGUGGCAAUGGGGAAUGUGAGAAGGGGAAAUGUAUCUGCCAACAGGGAUUCAUGGGUCUCGACUGCAGUAAGUGUGCACAAGGAGCUGAGUGUAAUAAAAAAACUGCCAAAGGAAAAGUCAAGGUAACCGUGGAAACCCUACAGGUGAACAAAGACAAGGAAAGCGUGCAGGAGAAAACCACCAAAGUAGAGCACACACUGUUCCAGAAGAAGGAGCAGAAAAAGGGGUCUGACGCUAAAGAAACUGUCACCAAACCCAUAGUCUCCACUAAUGCUAAAGCAGGUAUCAUUAAGACACAAACUAAACAAGAAGCCUAUGUGAAGAAAAUUACGACAAAAGACUCUUCAAGUGCCACAAAAACCAGCCGCCCAACUGUUGGUCAAGUUCUGUUGAAACAUGAGGGGAAAAAGCAGGAGGAGGCUCGUAAAGGCAAAACAACAAUCCUGACCUCUAAAAAGGUCAUCCAAAAAAUUGAUCUCAAACUUGUUAAGGAAGGAACUCUCAGUAAAACCCAUCCUAGAACUGACCAACUAAAAGACGAACCUCAAACCAAUGUAACCCAGAGUAAUGUGAAGAAAUCGAAUGGCACGGCAAAAAUUCUGAGCAUUCUGACAAAAGUUGAGGAAACCAACAGAACCAGAACCGAGAAGAAGACCUUGGAGCAGUCCACACUGGCUGACAAAAAUGUUACUCAAUCAUCUGGAAAUAAACGCAGCAAGAAGGUAAAGGCAGACACUACCAAUGUGCAAUCUGUUGACAACAGAAACACUGACACUGGAAAAAUUGUAAAAGACAAGCUGACGCAGCGGAGUCAGUCCCUGGUUAAUUCAACCAUUGCAGCAACGUCAGUCCAAACUCAAGUUGUGCAGAAUAAAACAACCACCCAUGGAUCUGGGAGUGUGAGAAGGAUGGGAGGAUCUGGAUUAGGUUCUGUAAAAGUUGUGAACAUCUCCUCCUACAGCUUCACUGUCACAUGGUCAGCACCACAAGGGAUGUUCAAGAACUUCACGGUGAUCAGAAGAGAGCCACGGACAGAGGGUGACGAAGAUGACCAAGAGGAGUUUGAAGACGAAGCUCUCGAAGGAGACAGGGCCUCCACAGUUAGGAACACAACUGAAGUCCAGGUACAGAGUGAGAGCACCAACACGACAGCCCCCUCCAGUAAAGCUGUUGGAUCUAAAGGCAAAGCUGAAACAAAGAGAAUCUCUAUGGUGGUCCCCGGCAGCGUACGCUCCGUGGAGUUCAGUAACCUGAGGGCCAACAUAGGCUAUGUCCUGCAUGUGUACGGCACUGCAGCUGAGAGGAGGUCAAAGAUUCAUAGAGCAACUGCAAUUACAGGUCCUGAGCCAGCCACAGAGAUGGUUUUCAGCAACGUAACAGAGUCUUCUAUCACUGUUUCCUGGUCCAAACCAAAGACAACAUUCUCUGGCUUUAGGGUCACGUUCACCAACAUCAUCACAGGGGAGAGCCGCUUUGUCACAGUGGAGUUGCAGCAAUCUUAUGUGGUUCUGUCCAAGCUGUCUACUGGAUCCACCUACAUAAUCACUAUAACUACGACACACGGCAGAGCCCAGAGUGACGCGCUCAUAUCCCUCAUGACCACAGUGCCCGCUCCUCCAACGCAUCUGCAAGUUGUCAACGUGACAGACACCAGAGCUGUGCUGCAAUGGACACCCAGUCUGGGGAAAGUAGACCGGUUCAUCAUCAGCUAUGAGUCCUCCAAGACUCUGAAUGUGACGGUGACUGUGAUGCUGUCUGGAAACUCUGUGGAGCACCAGCUGAGAGGCCUGCAGAGAGGCACCCUGUACACAGUCAAAGUCCUGAGCCAGAAGGACAGUCUACAGAGCAUGGCCAUCUCAACUACUUUUACAACAGCUAAUUUGGUUAAAGCCAGUGAGGUGGCUCCUCGCUCUGCUGUGAUAGCGUGGAGAACUUCCACUGUUGUUUAUUACAGCUACAGACUGAUCUACCAGGUGGCCGGAGAGGAGACAAAGGAGGUGAUCCUGGACCAGUCCAUCACAGAGUAUAAGUUGACAGGGCUGUUGCCAAUGUCACGGUACAUUGUUCUGGUACAAGGCGAGAGAGAUGGACAAUACACAUCUGUUGUCACCACAGAAUUCCUUACAGGCAAACUGCGUUUCCCUUUCCCCACUGAGUGCUCUCAGGAGCUGCUGAAUGGAGCUCUGCAGUCAGGAGAGCUGGAUAUUUACCCGCAAGGAAAAGAGGGACAGGCAGCCAGAGUCUACUGUGAUAUGGAGACUGAUGGAGGCGGCUGGACGGUGUUCCAGAGGAGGAUGAACGGGAAGACCGAUUUCUACAGAACAUGGAGUGAAUACAGUGCCGGCUUUGGAAACCUCAGCGAAGACUUCUGGCUCGGAAACGAGCUCCUUCACAACCUGACCGGUGCUGGGCCUGUGAGUCUGAGAGUGGAUAUGCAAUCUGGGAAUGAUACUACGUACGCUCACUACGCAAACUUCUCCGUUGGUUCCCUGGAGAAGCACUAUACUCUGGGAGUGUCUGGCUACACUGGAACUGCAGGUGACUCCAUGAGGUACCAUAAUGGACGCCCAUUCUCAGCCCGGGACAAGGACCUUGAUCCCUUGGGGAUCCACUGUGCCAGGGCCUACAUGGGAGGCUGGUGGUACAAGAACUGCUACAAGGCCAACCUGAAUGGCCUUUAUGGCAUCAGCAGUAAUAAUCAGGGAGUAGUCUGGAUAGACUGGAAAGGUAAAGACUCCUCCAUUCCCUUCGUUGAGAUGAAGUUCAGACCGUCCAGCUUCUCUCCUGCAACUCAUGGCUAAGAUUACAUCAGGCUUCCUUCAUUCAACAACAGCUAACAAAAGCUAUUAGUACAUUUGAUUCAAUGAACAACUUUUUUUUUUUUACUGUAUUUUUGGGGAAAUAUACCAAAAGCGUGGAGAAAUGUCUCUUUCAACUUUUUUGUAUCUUGUUCUACUAUUCUGCCUGACCUGUUCAUUUCAACACAGUUUUGUAUUUACUGCAAUACGUUCUUGUGCCAGCCCACUACUACUGUAAUUUAAUAUGCACUGUCUCACUCCAUUGGAAUAAAUCUGGCUGAUGUGGGUCUGAAGUGUUGAUUCUUAAGGUUUUGUUACAGUGAAUUAAAACACCCAAAUCCUU